GGGGGUGUGUGGGGAGGAGGUUGCCCCUGGUUACCACAUACCGGUCGCAAGAUGGCGGCAGCAGCAGCAGCAGCAACACCGAGCUGAGCUGAGCUGAAGCAGCAGCAGCAGCGGCCGCCUCGCCCGCACGGUUAGUUUUGGGGGGAGGUGAGGGGAAGAGACGCGAGAGAGAGAAAGAAAGAAAGAAAGAGAGAGAAAGAAAGAAAGAAAGAAGAGAGAAAAGAAAGUUGACUCGGGACAUCCAAGAGAAACCCCCCCCCACACACACACACAGCCACAGCCAUGCUCAGCUCUCUGCACCCAUAGGAUCCCCUGGCGACAUGGAGCCGUCCGAGCUGCAGCCUCCUCACGUGCAAAGGGAAGACAAAUCAUCAGAAGAGGUUGCCUCUGAAAAUGCUGAACCAGAUGACUGUUCUGAUGAAGACAACACUGAAGGAUUUUACGGAACUUCACCACCUUGUACACGAAAGCAGAUGAAACGCUUGUCGACCAAACAUCACAGAAAUAACCUGGGGAAAGAAGUUGGCCGCUCUCGUAGUAAAGAAAAGAUGACUACAUUAAAUCAGCCUACACCUAAAGACAACAGCAAAACCAUUGAAAAUGAGGUUGAGCUAACGUACAAGCAAGAAAAGAAGCUACGCUCAAAUAUUCGAACCACAGAAAGAGACAAUAAGAAAACCGUGCAAUGUGCAUUUAUGCUGGACCCUAUUAAUGGGUCAUCUUCAAAAAAUUCAAUUCCGAACAAGCCUUACCUUUGCCUUAGCCGCAGUAACCCAACCCCUCCAGUUUCUGUGCCAGUUAGCAGAACUUCACGACAGACUUCCAGAACUGAUUGCCCAGCGGAUCGCUUAAAAUUUUUUGAAACUUUACGAUUACUUCUUAAGCUUACCUCAGUUUCCAAACGAAAGGAGAAGGAGCAGAGAGGACAGGAAAAUAUCUCGUGCGAGUGGGUGAACAGAUCAAACGAACUUAUUUGGCUGGAGCUGCAGGCUUGGCAUGCGGGUUGUAGUAUAAGUGACCAAGACGUUUAUCUGUACACAGCGCGCCAAGCUGUCCCUGAUAUUAUUAAUGAUAUUUUGAACUUUAAGGUAAAUUAUGGAAAACUUUGUGCUCUUAAAGGAAUUGGUCACAUUGAUGCUGCUGGAGGGGUUGAGAUUGCCGAACAGAAGACGGAAUGUAUAAGGACUUCAGGAAUACAUGUCUUUGGUCAUAGCGAUUAUCAGGAACACCUCCAGUGUCAGAGAGUGGCAUUUGAGCAGGUAAAAAGUAUUAUGGAGCUGCUAGAGUCUGUGGAAGCACUUUAUCCAUCAUUACAGGCCCUCCAAAAGGACUAUGAGAGGUACGCCGAAAAGGACUUUCAGAGCAGGGUGCAGGCGCUCUGCUUGUGGUUAAAUAUAACUAAGGACCUAAACCAGAAGCUAAACCUAAUGAGAACAGUCUUGGGCAUCGAGAAAUUGCCCAAUGUUGGCUGGCCAGUGUUUGAAAUCCCGUCUCCUCGUCCUUCAAGAGCAAAUGAUCCCAAUGAGGAAGAGGAUGAUAGAGAGGACUGCUCAGAAACUUGCUCAGGGGAAAGUAAAGAAGAGAAAGAGGAUGAGCACAGAUUCUUUGGGUCAGCAAAUUGCACAGAAAACAGUGUGCAUAAGCUCAAAAAGAAGGUACACGUUUGCUUUCAGCCUUCAGAUGGUUUCCCAAAGAAAUUUGAGAGAUCUGUGUCUGAUGAUGAUCCUGGUUCACUUGGCAAUCAAUCUUCUGAAUGCACACUUGAUACUAUUUUCAACAGAAGUUGCCAGACAUCUAUUUAUAGGCCUUUUGUUGACAAAGCACUGAAACAAAUGGGACUAAGGAAGCUCAUAAUGAGGCUUCACAAGUUAAUGGAUGGGUCCCUACAAAGAGCACGUGUAGCACUGAUGAAAGACGAUUGUACACUGGAGUUCUCAGAUGGUCCAGAGCCCUUGACAUGUCAUGAUUACCUGCCUGAACUUUCAAAGCAUUUGUGCUACAUAUCUUCCUGCACAGAGCAGAAGGGCAGGUCUGUGUCCUGGGAAGAGCUGGAGACCAUGGAACUCCCAUCUUUCCAGCCUGCUUACCUGGUCUUGUGCCGAGUCCUCCUCAAUGUCAUUCAUGAGUGCUUGAAACUGAGGUUGGAGCAAAGACCUGCAGGAGAGCCUUCACUGCUGAGUAUUAAACAGCUGGUGAGGGAGUGUAAGGAAGUGCUGAAGGGCGGCCUCCUCAUGAAGCAAUACUACCAGUUCAUGUUGCGGGAGGUCCUGGGGGAAUUACACAGGCAGCAGAAUGUUGACAGUAAUAUUGAUGAAUUUGAGGAAGACCUACACAAAAUGUUAAUGGUUUAUUUUGAUUACAUGCGGAGCUGGAUUCAGAUGCUGCAGCAUUUACCUCAAGCAUCUCACAGUCUGAAGAAUCUGCUGGAAGUCGAAUGGAAUUUUACCAAAGAAAUUACCCCCUGUAUACGAGGAGGAGAGGCGCAAGCAGGAAAGCUCUUCUGUGAUAUAGCAGGAAUGCUGCUGAAGUCCACUGGAGAAUUCUUAGACUCUGGCCUCCAAGAAAGCUGUGAUUUGUUCUGGGCAAGCGCUGAUGACAGUACUGCAUCAGAUGAGAUCAGACGAUCAGUUAUAGAGACAAGUCGCACACUAAAAGAGUUGUUCCACGAAGCUCGAGAGAGGGCAUCUAAGGCUCUGGGGUUUGCUAAAAUGCUGAGAAAGGAUCUAGAAAUAGCAGCUGAGUUUACUUUGUCAGUUCCUGUCCCAGACAUGUUGGAAGCUCUUAAAACAAAACAAUACGUCAAGGUUCAGAUUCCUGGACUGGACGACCUGCAUAUUUUUGUUGCAGUUGAUCUUGCGGAACAAAAGCCUCAGAUCCUCCAGCUGCUCAAUGCAACAGCUGGAAAGGAUUGCUCCAAGGAAUCUGAUGAAUCUGUGGAUGAAGCCUAUUUACUCCUCAUCAAAGAUGGCCUUAAGGACAGAGAGCAGGAGAUGAGUUGGGGAAUGUGGGAAGGUGAAACCAUCAAAGUACUGCCCCAGGAAGAAACUGUGGCCACCUUGAGAAGCAUGCAGAUUAAAAACUUAUUACUGGUAGUCGUGCACUCUUCACAUCUUGUGAAUCAGCGCAAGACAUUUCAGCAGUCCAUUGAAACCCUGAUAUCUCUGCGGCGUGAACAGACAUCCAGCCAGCCUGUCAUAGCCAAAGCCCUGGAGCAGCUGAAGCAUGAAGCAUUAUUGCUGUGCAAUAAGAUUAGUAAUGCAAUAAAUCGGAUUGACAAGAUGUUUAAUUCUGAGUUUGAAGCUGAGGUCGAUGAGUCUGAAUGUGCGACCUUACAACAGUACUACAGGGAGACCAUGAUUGAAAGCUAUAACUUUGGUUUUGAGUAUCACAAAGAGCUUGUUCGUCUGAUGUCUGGAGAGUUUAGGCAGAAGACUGGUGACAAAUUUAUCAGUUUUGCCAGAAAAUGGAUGACCUACGUUCUUACAAAAUGUGAAAGCGGGAGAGGUACAAGACCCAGGUGGGCAACCCAGGGUUUUGAUUUUCUUCAGGCAAUUGAACCGGCAUUUAUAUCAGCUCUUCCAGAAGAUGACUUCCUGAGUUUGCAGUCUCUGAUGAAUGAGUGCAUUGGUCAUGUGAUAGGCAAGCCUCAUAGCCCUAUUACAGGGAUUCAUCGAAACAGUCCUCGUCCCAUCAAAGUGCCUCGAUGCCACAGUGACCCACCAAAUCCACAUCUCAUCAUUCCUACGCCAGAGGGGUUCAGCCCCAGGAGUCUUGGCUCUGAAGUCCGGAACCAAAGUGUCGCUGCUGUCAUUCGCACCACUCCUAUAGUCGGGAUUGACCUUAAUCACACCAAGCCGACAAACAGUGCAACUGAAAUGAGGGGUUCGAGUGUCCCUGAAAAUGACCGUUUAGCAUCCAUAGCAGCCGAGCUCCAGUUCAAGUCACUGAGUCGGCACUCCAGUCCCACUGAAGAGCGUGAGGAACCUACAUAUCCAAAAGGAGAUCCAAGCCUUAGUGCCCGACGAAGUUGGGAACUCCGCACUCUGCUCAGUCAGUCUAAAGAUAUUGCUGCCAAGCAGAAUCGAUUGGAGAUUGUCCGCAAGUCCAUUAAAUCUUUCGAGGAGCAAAGGAACUGGCAGAUGAAACAAAAAAAUAUAAUCGGUCAAGUCUGUGAUAUCCCCAAAUCUUAUGAUAAUGUCAUGCAAGUCGGAUUAAGAAAAGUGACAUUUAAAUGGCAGAGAGGAAACAAAAUAGGUGAAGGACAGUAUGGGAAAGUUUACACGUGUAUAAAUGUGGAUACUGGUGAAUUAAUGGCAAUGAAGGAAAUCAGAUUUCAGCCGAAUGAUCAUAAAACCAUCAAGGAGACAGCAGAUGAAUUGAAAAUCUUUGAAGGUAUCAAACAUCCAAACCUGGUGAGGUAUUUUGGGGUAGAACUCCACAGGGAAGAAAUGUACAUCUUCAUGGAGUAUUGUGAUGAAGGUACACUGGAAGAGGUAGCAAGGUUGGGCCUGCAAGAGCACGUGAUUCGAUUGUACACCAAACAGAUCAUCACUGCUAUCAAUGUACUACAUGAACAUGGGAUCGUGCACAGAGAUAUUAAGGGAGCCAAUAUCUUCCUGACUUCAUCAGGUCUGAUCAAAUUAGGGGACUUUGGUUGUUCUGUGAAACUGAAGAACAUUGCACAAACCAUGCCAGGUGAAGUAAACAGCACCCUGGGGACUGCUGCUUUCAUGGCCCCUGAAGUUAUAACAAGAGCAAAGGGUGAAGGACAUGGGCGUGCUGCAGACAUCUGGAGCCUCGGUUGUGUCCUUGUGGAAAUGGUCACUGGCAAGAGGCCCUGGCACGAGUACGAACAUAACUUUCAAAUAAUGUAUAAGGUAGGAAUGGGUCACAAGCCUCCCAUCCCAGAGAGGUUAAGCCCUGAAGGCAAAGACUUCCUUUCCCAUUGCUUGGAAAGUGAACCAAAGCAUCGCUGGACAGCUAGUGAACUCUUGGAUCAUCCUUUUGUUAAGGUUUGCUGUGAUGAAGAAUGAAGCUGCCAAAACACAGACUCCAGGAGUCUCCCAGACACAUGAAAAGCAAUCACUACUGCAAGUGACGAUAACUGUGCCAGGAAGGUGCCGAUCUCUAACACUGUACAACUGAAGACUGCAUGAACAGCUACCGAGGGUCACUGUACUGCUGUUUCUGUGAAGCUGAUAGGCCAAGACUGCACAUGUUGGGCAUUUGACUGUCUUGCAAUUUAAAAUAAGCUGCAUGCUUUAUUGGAAGUGCCAUUACUACUGUACAGACUGUUGUAGUUUCUGCCCCCCCAAAACUUGGGAACUGUAAUAUUGAUCUGUAGUAUUUCAAUUUUCUAUAGGUUCCAAGGAGUUUUUGUGUUGUCAAAUAUUCUGAUUUGUAAAAUGUUUUUAUCCCGUUUCUUGCGCUAAGCACCUAUUUUCAAUGUGUAAGAAGAAUGCACUGACUCCUGUGAAAGUUUGUCUGCAUAUCCAAGUUUGUUCUGGAAGGACUGUAGACUUGAUUGAUGAAAUACAAUCGUUUUCCAAUAAAUUCUUUAUUUUAGGAAGACUGCGGUGCUGAUGUGUGACCAGCCUUGGUUGUGUAAAUCUUCUGAAGCUGAAGGGUGUUGCAUUAAAACUCAAUGGUUCUGCUGUU